AUGGUGGUCGGGCACUCCGACGACAACAAGAAGACGCGCGUGCGACUUCCAUCAGGCACCCGGAAGACCAUCCCGUCCACCUGCCGCGCCAUCGUGGGCAUCGUCGCCGGCGGCGGCCGCAUGGACAAGCCCGUUCUGAAGGCGGGCAACAACUUCCACAAGUACCGCGUGAAGCGCAACAGCUGGCCCAAGGCCCCGCCGCCCCCGGGCCGCGCCCCUCUCCCCCCCCGCCGCGGCCCGCCGCCCCGCCGGUCGUGGCUGCCGUCGUCGCCGUCGUGGCCCAGCAGGUGUGCAGGCGUGGGAGGGGAGUUAUUUUCCCCAAUUAGAGCUGUGCGUGGCCCGUCUAGCUUUUAUAGCGGAAGAGGUUCGCUCUCGCCCCGCCGACCAAAAAAGGUGCGGGAGGGGAGGGGCGAAGGGGCGGCGACGGGGCGGCCGUGGGAGGGGCGGGGUGGAUGCUGCAGGGGCUCCACGGCGAGCUUGCCUGCAGCAAGGCUGCCGGCCUGGCCUCCCCGGGCGUGCGGGGUGGCCCCUCGAACCUCUGCGGUGACCAGGGCUGUCCGGGGGAGGGCCCUUGCCCUGCGCAAAGGUGUCACAGAACCGCCUUGCCAGGCACCCAGCGCCUGUUUCGAUUCUCCUGCGAAUUCGCGCUUGGUCACCCAGCGGCAGUCGCGGCCUUUUGCGCAGCAAGGAGGUGACAGCCAGGCGUUGUUCCCACUCCUAGCGGUCCGUACCGACAGUACAGCACUGCUACCGUGGUGA